UUCGCUUUCCGGCAGUUGCGCGGGGCCGGGGCGCCAGCGCCCGCCUUGUCGUUUCCUCCGGUUGCGCAUCGCGCCCGCGGCCUGUGACCCCGGCGACCGCUCCUCAGUGACAAGAGAGCGGGGCCGGGCGCGGCUCCGGCCUGACCUGCGAAGGGACCUCGGUCCAGUCCCCUGUUGCGCCGUGCCUCCCGUCCGUCCGUGCGCGGGCCAGUCAGGGGCCAGUGUCUCGAGCGAUCGAGGUCGCAGACCUAGAGGCGCCCCACAGGCCGGCCCGGGACGCGGGGAGCGCCGGCCACGGGCCAGGUGGGGAUGCCUCUGCACGUGAAGUGGCCGUUCCCCGCGGUGCCGCCGCUCACCUGGACCCUGGCCAGCAGCGUCGUCAUGGGCUUGGUGGGCACCUACAGCUGCUUCUGGACCAAGUACAUGAACCACCUGACCGUGCACAACAAGGAGGUGCUGUACGAGCUCAUCGAGAACCGAGGCCCGGCCACGCCCCUCAUCACCGUGUCCAAUCACCAGUCCUGCAUGGACGACCCUCAUCUCUGGGGGAUCCUGAAACUCCGCCACAUCUGGAACCUGAAGUUGAUGCGUUGGACCCCUGCAGCUGCAGACAUCUGCUUCACCAAGGAGCUGCACUCCCACUUCUUCAGCUUGGGCAAGUGUGU